AUGUCGCUUAAAACCCUUUCCGGUCAUAUUCGGCUUCACCCGGAAGACAUAGAUAGAUCCUCCCAAAAGUUGACCUGCACUUCGAAAAAUAUCGCCGAAGUAGAUAUCAAUCCAGAUGCGCUCUGGAUGCUCGUCGCGGGUGGCUCCAAGAAAGUUCAGGGCAUGGCGCGCGCGUAUUUAGCGUUGUCAGCGGGAAGAAAAUACCCCAAUUCCGGCGCAGCGGAUACGGCAGCAGCCCUGCCUGGAGGGAAAACUCAACAGAUGGGUGGCUCGUCAUCGUCCGCUGCUCACGCCGCGCACCCUCCGGAGGAGCCCUACUUCAACUUAGCGACUGCCUUUUCACUCCACACGGUGCUGCUCUCGCGAAAUCACCUCACACAGACACUCGGGUUGGUGCAGUUCCGAAACGUCGUACGACUUUCCCUUCUUGGGAACCGCAUCCGACGGAUCGAGGACUGCGAGCCCCUUGGCCUCCUCUCGCAGCUCGCGUAUCUUUCACUGGAGUUUAACCCGGUUACCACGGUCCCCCAUUACGGCGCGCAUUUGCUCAGAAUCUGCAGCUUUCCCCAUCCCCUCGAAGACGGCAGGUGUCGUCUGCGCAAACUCGACGGAUGCGCGGUUCGUAUGGUGGAUAUCACCACCUCGGCGCUUUGCCUACAGCGGGAGAUGGUGAUUCUGCCGGAGCUGCUCCAGCGGAACUACCUCGUGUCGUUUCUCACGCAUGUGGAAAAAACGAUGCGAGUCCACGCGGAGAUGAGAAAUCGGGGAUUUCUGAUAGGCUGUCUUCAAACCAACAAUAAGCUCGAUGCCAUCGUGAAACACUGCUCAAAGGCGGCCUUAUGUAGGUGUGGAAUUCAUGAAACGGUGCACGCCACUCAGCUCCUCCUCGCCAAAUCGCUGAGGCAGCUGAAAAGGCAUAAAAAAACAGCUCUUUCACUUGAUCCUAACGAUCAUGGGGUGAAUCCACCACUGGCCUCGGCGCUUUCCUCCAGCUUCACCAUCGAUGAGUCGGUCGAAACGCGGACUGCCUUGGAUGGGAGUACGAUUAGUGUGCUUGACGACACCACUGAGAUCGUUUUGGGAGAUCUUCAAUGGAGCAAAGACUCCCUGCGAAAUGCCGAGGCGGCGAGGGUGUGCGCGACGUGCAAGGUGUGCUCUCAAGAGGUCUUUCGGCGUCUGAUUUCCAUGCUGGACGUGCGGCUUUGUGCAUGCCUACUUCGAAUUGCGCGACUGCUCGGUACCUCUCUUCUCUCUAAGGAUGUGGAUGUUCUGUGCGAAAUGUGGCUCUCCAUCGCGUUGAGCUCCGGAGAGACGAAGCUGGCGGAUAUUUACGCGAAGAAGAUGCCCAAGGUGCUUGACGACGCAGGUCCGAAGCAUGAAAGUGAUCCGCGUCGAAUGAAUCAGAAAGACGAUGAAGAGAGGCAAGAUAAGGAUUCCUCUACAGGAAAAAGAAAAGCCCUCGAACGCGUUCCUAUUGCUGAGCACCAGCCUUCGUCAUCUUCUCUUGCCUCUCCUUCGGAUGCAACCCCCCCACGGAGGCGAACGAUUACGAAACCCAGCGUCGCCUGUGAGCUUUUUCCAGACAAUGGGGAGAACGAACCCCAAGAGGUGAGCUCGAGAACAUCGUCAUUGCAGCUUACCGAGCAAACCCUCUCCACCGCCAGCCAGUGCGCGUCUGAAAAGCAACCCGUAGGAGUGGAAUCACCCGCCGAGGAAGAGAUCAUUCAAAUGGAUAGCAAUAUGAUGAACACGACGCCGGAUUUAACAGGGCUUACCUCUCUUAAGGCAUGUCCGACGCCAUCGUACCCUUCUUCGGAUGCCACGCACCUGCCAUCGAUCCUCCUGGAGGGGUUUCAUUCGAAGUCCACCCCGAGCGCUCGCGCUACCGACGAAUCCAGCACAGGUGAGAAGGCGCGUAUCACAAUCCUGACGAAGCUUCAUCAAACCGGGGUGAAAACCGUCGCCUUUGGGGUUUGGAAACGAGCGCUCUCGCGAAGACGUCGGUUAAGGGGUUUUUACCAGCGCCUUAGAGCGAGGGCGAGGAGCCUGCCCGUGCAGGAGCAGGUUUCGAACCCGUUAAUGAUUCGCUUCGUGAUGGAUUGCUCGUAUUCGGAGCGGCAAAGGGUAUUCUUUCUCGUGUGGAAGCAACGAAUUGAGGAGGCGUGGCGGGUACGGAUGGCUCGACGGCGGGCUUUGCUGCGUCUUUGGCGGCGGCGCGCGCACGACUUACGGUUGUGUGAAGAGAUGCAUUACGCGGUGGAAAUGCGGCGCAUCGAAAAGGCGUUUAGCGUCUGGAAACGGCGUGGGGUGGUGAAAAGCGAUCGACGGUUCCGGGAGUGCCAGACGCGGGAGCUUCAAGCCGCGCUACGUCACCCUCGCGGGAUGGUAUCGUCUCCGGCAAACGGACGGGAGGCUCCCACACGCGCGAGGGAGGGAAGUGAUCCCACCGUGCCCGUUGCCAUAGGGGAAAAGGUCGGUUUGGAAGGCCGCAUCCACGAUCAGACGACGCCCUCUGAACGUGGCGCCUCUCCUUCUUUCCGGGAAUCGAAGGAAAGGGAGGUGCAUUCCUCUUCCCCCUCCGCCGAGGUGGGGGGAACGCCUCCAAAACCCCCCUCUACCCCGUACGUGGGGCGUGCGUUAGCUACGAACGACACCCUUGCGGAUCUGACCGUCGCGCACCCCUUCUCCGAGGACGACGUCGCCGCGUUGGUGGAAAAAGCCUCCUUUCUCCUGCGCGAUCGCGAGGUGUUGAUCAAACGCCUCGUGGAUCAACUCGUGGAGUGCGAGAAAGCCCGCGCCGUCUCGCGUUGGUAUGAAAAGAAAGUAGCGCUGCUGCAGGCCGAUCUCGAAAAGCGGGCGCACCGCGAGGAGGAAGCGCGGCGUGUGCGGCAGGAAUACGAAGCCGAGCUGAAGCACCUUCGGAGGUGCGUAGGGGAACUACGGGCGGAACGUCAGGAGCGGUUGGAAAAGCUCGCCCCUUGCUAA